AUGGAACAGCUCGAGGGAGAUGAUGAAUAUUUUACUCCAAUGACGCAGUCAAAGAAGGAAGAGUUGCUACGGCUCGAAUCCGCUGGCAAGACGCCAAGACGUGUUAAAGUGUAUCUUCUAAAAGGAGAAGACUGGAUCGAUAAUGGAACAGGGUUUUGUCUGGGAGAAAUUGACAAAGAUACCAAAGUCCCCUACUUCCUCGUGCGAAAAGAAGCCAAUAUGAAAGAAGUGAUUCUCAAAUCAAAUCUAGAAGGAUCUAUUCAGUAUCAACGACAGCAGGAUACCCUUAUUGUUUGGACUGACCCAUCGGGGUCAGAUCUAGCCUUGUCUUUUCAAGAAUCAGAAGGUUGUGCUGACUUGUGCGAUUUUAUCAUUAAGGUGCAACAGGGUAAUUACAGCCCCCACAUAUCCCUAUACUAUGUUAUCUCCAAACUCCCUGAUAGUGAGGAUAUCACAGAGCUAGUUACUGGACCAAUACGAUACCCCCCUGCACUACCGAAUGAGGAAAACUUAGAACGUGUUCUUGACAUCUUGAAUCAGGGCACCAGCUCUCAAUUUGGGAGGACAAACAUUCUGGACUACUUGGUAGAGAGCAAUUAUUUCGAUAAAUUGAUGAAAAUCUUUGAGAACGCAGAGUCUACUGAUAAUAUAGUGGCAUUGAAGCACUUGAGUGGCAUUGCGAGAAUAUUGUUGUCGUACAACGAGCCAACAUUGCUUGAAGAAAUGCUUUCUUCGGAGAAAAAUAUCCAUAUUCUUGCGGGGAUGUUGGAAUAUGACUCGAGCGAUUCGGGACCCAAACACAGAACACUUUUCAAAGAUAUGCUGUUUAAAACUGUGAUUCCUAUAGAUGAGAUCGACCUUUUCAAAAGAGAUUACUCUUUGUCCAUUUUAAAAGAUCUUAUUUUGGUCAAAUAUUCAGAUGACGAGAGCCAAAGUCACUUGAACUCUUUGAUAUAUACAAGUCAACUCAAGAUCUUGAAUUGCUUAAGAAGCGCUGGGAUUCUUGAGAAAUUAUUUGAGAUCUAUGAGAGUGAAGCGAGUGUUGAUCUCAGGCGUGAUGGGAUAAAGAUGCUUCACCAAUAUGUCCAAACAGCGAAAUCUAUCCAAAAACAAGACUUUUUCGCUCUGCUAGUUAGGCCGGGGUUGUUUUCAAUGGUAAACUUUGCCCUCACUGAUUCUGAAAUUGAGAUACGAAAUGUGGGUACUGAAUUGAUUGUCAACAUCAUUGAGCAAAAUGUUGCUUUGGCAACUUCUGAGGACCAAGAGCGAGCGAUUGACAAUUCUGAACCGCCAGUACAGCCAUCGCUGGGGGAGACAACACCAAUCGAACCUGACGAUGAUGAUCUUGUCGCACAAGUCGGAGUCACAGUGAGCAACUCUCAACUAAAUUCAUUCAGUAAAGAGUUUUUCUCAAUUUUGGCCAACAUCUUAACCAACGAUGAGCAUCUAGGACUCAAAUAUCAAGCGUUUGAAGCAUUGAAGACAUUAUUGGAUCCAAAUGUGUUAGGAAGCAGUAUCACAUCGGAAGAAGGUGUGGACAGAGUGGAACAAAGAGAAGUCAAAGAGGAAGAAGGAGACGUGUAUCUGAAUCUAAAGUAUGGUAUCGGAGCUAACAAAGAUGACAGCUAUGACGCUGAGAAGUUCGAUCAUCUAACUUUUUUUUACACAAAAGUGGCCCCAAAGUUAUUUGCCAAGGUGACUGCAAUGAGUAAUUCAACAGAAGCAAUCGAGUCAGUUUCUCGAACUGACUCAGCUUUAUUCCUGCUAUUAUGUGAACUUGCUAUAUUUGGUCUUAGAGAGCACGAUGUCGGGCUUGUCAAAAGUUUCCUUACUGAAUACAGGGUCAUUGAUGGUAUUGUCAAGCUUUUGAACUCCAAGUGCAAAAAGGUUUUGAAGCUUCACGUUGUGAGAUGCUUGAGAAGCAUUGUUCUACUCAAUGACGAUGGUUUAACGAAUUACUUAUUGGAAAAUGAUAUUCUCAGGGCAUUGUUUUUCUAUUUUGAGUCUGUUGCUGCUCAAAAUGACAUGUGUAACUCAGCAUGUUUAGACUUUUUGAAUCACAUCCGUAUUCAAAGCGACGCAAAGAAUUAUAGAAAGAGAAGCAACUUCAAGCAGAUUGCAAGGUAUUUGAGCAAACACCAUGGUAACCUUUUGCAAUCUGUAACGUGCAUGAAAAUCGGCCCCACGAUAGCAGCUUUGGUUGCCAAUGAUUUUUAUGAGACGGAAAGUGCAUCUUUGGGAAUAUGCGGUGAAACCAAUUUAGAGCAGCUAGGAAUCCAUGAAAGUUUCAUUGGAAAUGGUUUUAGCUGUCGUAAGGAUAUCGACAAGUUGAAUCCAGGGACUACAAGCACUCUUGCAGUGGAAAGCCUUGGUGGCAGUCUCUUGGAAGUACGAUCACGUCGAGGUGAGCAUACCAAACCGGAAAAUGAAGCACAAUCUGAUCCCGAUGGAGGGUCUAAAGAUGACCCAGUAUUGACCUCAACCGAUUCUAAAGCUGGGGAGAAAAGACCACGAGAUCUGCAUCAGCCAAUCGACUCGACACUUAAGAAAAGAAAUUAUGCGGAUAUUGAGAAAGUGAACGGACCCCUAGAUGAAAGCGUGGCUGUCAAUUCCUCGGCUUCGCAUGUGCGUAGCCUGACUCCGAAAGACAUUUUGCAAUCUGAGAGCUCGGCUAAUAAAGAAGAGUUUAAAAAUGUGCAGCGGAGAUUAGUAGAAGCCAGUGGACGCGGAACUCACGAUAGUUGA